GGCUAGGUUUUCAAACUGGCCUCCCGCUUUCUUAUCUCACAUCACUAGAGUAACUAGUUCGAAAAAAGAGAAAGGAAAGACAAAAAGAUGUUGUCAAAAGAAUUCACUUGGGUCAUGGAGGGUUACCAUUGCCAUUCACUUGGCAAUCUACAUAUAGACAUAAGGAUCAACUUCCUCCCCCUCGCUCUUCUUCUUCUUUCCUCUCCACAGCCUCACGUUACCUCUCAUUUGCAACGUCCAGUCUGGCACAUCUCGUCAUUUCGUAUCUUUGAAAGAUAGCGCAGGAUUUCCAUCAUCAAACUCCUCAAUCUCAAAUUUAGAAAGAAAAAAACAUACUGCCUACUCCUUCCAAUACGCUCAUUCAUUUUACCCAUUACGACUUGACGUGAUAUUUACGAAAUCUUAAGAAGACACCACAAUUACGAAUUCGCCCCUACCACCAGGAACAACCUUAAAAAUUGUUCAUUAACCUCGUAUAUCCCGCCCCUCUCCUGUCUUAUUACCCUCACAACCCUCCCUCUCUGGAUUCAAAGUAAAGUCGACCAUCUUGUUCUUCCUUACAUUCAUUGGUUGAAUCACCACACUCCUUCUUUUUCUAUCAAACACUCAUCGAGAUUGUUUGCUUAGCAAGACCACAUUCUUUCUUCGAUUCAGUCAUUUGGAUAUCAGUCAACAACACAGUUCAAGUCAUUCUUUACUGUCAACUACCGAUUCAGGAACACACACACACACAACAAAAAUCGAAAUACACCCGGUUUAAACCAAAAAAAAAAAACACAUCAUGCGUUCUUUUGAGAUCAAAUCCCUCGCCAUCUUGGCUUCUUCUUUGCUGGUCAAAGAAACAUUCGCUGCUCCCAUCUACGAAACCGAAAUCCAUGUCGUUACAGAAGAAGUUACCGUUACCAGGGAACUCGACGGUUCUUACGCAACUGGUCAUGCUCAUGCUGUAGGAACUUACACUCAACAUCAUUCUGCUGCCGCUUCCUCCGUUGUCGUUGUAGCAUCUACUCCAGCUCCAGCUGCAGUAACAAGUGCUGUGGUUGUCCCUACCAGUUCUACCACUAGUCAUGUGGCUGUAGAGUCUAGCUCUGCUAAGGCUUCUUCUUCUUCAUCUUCUUCAGUAGCCGUUGUUAAAGCUUCCACUGAAGCAGCUGCAGCUGCAGUCUUGGUUCAAAGCAGCGCCAAAAGCUCCUACAAGCCCGCCGCCACAUCUACCAAAGCAGCAGCAACCACGCUCGCUACUUCUGCAAAAGCUAGCUCUGCCGCCGCAGCUUCGUCCUCUUCCAGCUCCUACAGCUCUUCCUCGGGUGGAAAGCGUGGAGUUGCAUACAACACCGCAGAUUACGUCAAGCAAUUCACCGGUUCUUCCAAAGUCGCUUGGGCUUACAACUGGGGUUCAUCCUCCGAUGGUCUCUCCGCUUCCGGUAUUGAAUUCGUUCCUCUCCUCUGGGGCUUGAAGAGUACCUUCACCGGUGCUUGGUCCGCCGCUGCCUCCAGCGCCAUCUCAUCCGGCUCCACACAUCUCAUGUCCUUCAACGAACCCGAUCUCAGCACCCAAGCCAACAUCGGUGCAUCCGACGCCGCAGCCGGUUACAAGACAUACAUGCAACCUUUUGCCGGCAAGGCCAAGCUCGGUGCUCCCGCCGUCACCAACGGUGCUUCUCCCAUGGGACUCACAUGGUUGAAGUCCUUCUUGUCUUCGUGCUCCGACUGCACCAUCGACUUCGUCUGCAUCCAUUGGUAUGAUUCGGCUUCCAACGUGGCAUACUUCAAGCAAUAUGUUCAGGAUGCGUACACAGCCGGUGGCAACCGUCCAUUGUGGAUCACGGAAUUCCAAGCCUCGGGCUCUACUGAUGAGCAAAAUGCGUUCAUGAAGGAGGUUCUUCCUUGGUUGGAUGCUAGCACCAUGGUGGAUCGCUACGCGUGGUUUAUGGCUGAUACUGCGGCCGGUGGCUUGAUGUCUUCGACAAGUGCCUUGAGUACUUUGGGAAAUACUUUCAAGACUGCAUAGGUUUCCGAAUUGAUUGAUUAUGGGGGCGGAGUAUUGGAUAGCAAGGUAGGGAUGGAUACACAUUAGGAUACUCGAUGGACAAUUGGAUACGUGAGGAGGGAAAAGAAAGAGGACUUACACACCGGAAGGAUCUCCUGAUGGAAAACAAAAAACAAUUGGAAAAAAAUAUGCGGAUCUUCGUUGUAAAUAUAUACUUUACCUUACAUUUAGGUUACUUAUUCGUGGAGAGCUGCCAGACUGGCGCUGUGGUGGUUAGAUGGCGGUGAUAUUUGAGUGGAAUGAAAUGCGUUCUGCGUACUUGUGUUGUAUGGUUUGAAUGCUUGUGAAAGUGGAUAGAUAUUUGUGAUGUUUUGUGUAGAUUCGAUAGUUAAGUGUUUGCAUCAUAACCAUAAGUACUAAUAAGUAGUCAAUGAUAAAUAAAUCAAGCAAGCAAUCAAUCAAUCAAUCAAUCAAUCAAUCAAUCA